ACAAUGGAUACUCUGAGUCUGUCAGUGAACGCGGUGUCCUACACGGUGGCGGCUGAGCUCUCCACGGUGGAUGACCCCUUUAACGCGCCCGUCCGGGGCAUCGCGCCCUGGAACUUCACCGUCCUGGCCGUGCUCAUGUUCGUGGUCACCUCGCUCUCUCUGAGCGAGAACUUCAUUGUCAUGUUUGUAACGUUCAAGUACAAACAGCUGAGAAAGCCCCUCAACUAUAUCAUAGUCAACCUCGCCAUCGCGGACUUUCUGGUGUCGCUCAUCGGUGGAGUAAUAAGUUUCCUGACAAACGCCAAGGGUUAUUUCUUCCUUGGGAAGUGGGCUUGUGUCUUGGAAGGGUUUGCUGUUACAUAUUUUGGGAUCGUGGCCCUGUGGUCCCUCACCGUUCUGUCCUUCGAACGGUUCUUCGUGAUCUGCCGGCCUCUGGGGAACAUCCGUCUGCAAGGGAAGCACGCCAUGCUGGGGCUGCUGUUCGUCUGGACCUUCUCCUUCCUCUGCACCUUCCCUCCUGUGCUGGGCUGGAACAGAUACACUAUCAGCAAGAUCGGAACCACGUGUGAGCCUGACUGGUAUUCCACCAACAUGAUAGAUCACAGCUACAUCAUCACUUUCUUCGCCACCUGCUUCAUUCUUCCUCUUGGAGUUAUAUUCUUCUGCUAUGGAAAGCUCCUGCAGAAGCUCAAGAAGGUGUCUCAUGGUCGUCUGGCCACUGCCAGGAAGCCUGAGAGGCAGGUGACCCGCAUGGUGGUGAUGAUGAUCGUGGCCUUCAUGGUGGGCUGGACGCCGUACGCAGCCUUCUCCAUCCUGGUCACAGCGUGUCCAACCAUCCAUAUUGACCCCAGGAUGGCUGCCAUCCCUGCCUUCUUUUCCAAGACAGCUGCUGUCUACAACCCAGUCAUCUAUGUCUUCAUGAACAAACAGUUCAGGAAGUGCCUCAUGCAGCUCUUCUGUGGCAAAGGGACUAUCCCAGACAGCCACCUGAACCCGACCUCAGAGCGACCUGGGAUUACUGCAGACAGUCAAACAGGAGAAAUGUCGGCCAUUGCAACUCGCAUCCCCGUGGGGGGCAACAGAUCUGAUGAUUCUCCCACCGACUGUGGCUCAUUAGUCCAGCUGCCGAUCGCAGAGAACAAAGUGUGUCCAAUGUAA